GCUGAAAGGGACGGAGGAGCCGAGCAGAGCCGAACCUCCGGGAGAGACUGAAAAGGACAGAAAACAUAUACAAAUGACUUAAAUUCCUCGAAAGUAAGUCCAGGGAGAAAAAGGGGGCGCGAUGUUGGAUCUAUCUCCUCGUCAGAGUCGGAAAAGCAGCGUGUGAUUCCAGCGCGAGAUCGAGGUUCGAGCUGCCAUGCAGGUUUCAGCCAACGUUUCCAUUUUUGAACGGGAUCCUAGAGCGUGAUGGCUGCGGUCCAGCGAAUUGCUGGCCUUCCCUUUCUCUAGUUGCUGGAUGUCUUGGGAGUAUCGUGUGGCUCGUGUUUUUGGGGUUUUUUUUAACGAAACGGUUCCUACCUUCAUCUAUGGAAUGUACAUAAGUGUUCCCUGGAGAGGAGUUUGCGAGCGGGGGCAAGAUGUGGGUGAUUGGGAAAUUGGUAUCGAUACGUUGAGGCUACGGUUCCCCUUUCUCCCCACACCCUGGAAGUCUGAGAAAUCAGACGUCACAGUGACAGACUCGGGGAGCUGGCACUAAAAUGUCCCUAAGUGGUGGCACUGCAGGCGGGAAAGGUGUGGACUCGAAUGCGGUGGACACUUACGACAGCGGUGAUGAGUGGGAUAUUGGUGUUGGAAAUCUGAUUAUCGACCUUGACGCUGACUUAGAGAAGGACAAACUCGAGAUGUCGGGCUCAAAGGAGGGAGGGGGAAUGGCAGCACCACCUAGCGCCGUUGCAGCGCUGCCAGACAAUAUCAAGUUUGUCAGCCCCGUCGGUGCCCCCCAAGGCAAAGAGAGCAAAUCGAAAUCUAAACGCAACAAGAAUUCUAAAGACAAUAGUACCAAAUCUCCAGCAGGAGAUGGAGCGAAAAAAGAACAUCAGGGACGAACCCAAGGGGAGGUUACUGACACAACAGGUAGUUCAGGAGGCACCGGCAACUCCACACCUGGCAAAGGUGAGAAGGGUGGGAAAGCCUCCCGUAGCGUACCAAAUAGCAAAAAGGAAAAGGAAGUAUCAGGUGGGAAAAACAAGAAGGAGAAAAGCGAAGGACCCGUCGGGGUGGUCGCUAUUGAGAAAGAGGUUGCUGCAAAUGCUCAAGCACUUGGGAACAAUACACGUAGCACCUCUUUUGACAACGCACAGAAUGCAGACAUGGCUGUGACAGAGCCGCAUGGGAAUAAUGCCCUGGAAUCUGUAGGAAUAGUGCCCUUGGCCAUUAAAUCGGAACCCGAGGAGCUGGAUAAUGGCGAGUGCCGAGCACUGAAGAAGGUAAAAAAUGAAAAGAUGGAGUCUCCGGUCUCCACCCCAGCCCCUCCCCCUCUCCACCUCGCCUCAGUGGGAAAUACUGACAUCGCCUCUCCGUGUGAACAGCUUAUGGUGCGGACACGCUCCGUGGCUGUCAACACGUCUGAUGUGGCCUUAGCCACGGAGCCAGAGUGCCUGGGGCCGUGUGAGCCAGGCACCAGCGUCAACCUGGAGGGCAUCGUGUGGCAGGAGACUGAGGACGGGAUGCUGGUGGUUAAUGUGACAUGGCGGAACAAGACGUAUGUAGGUACGCUACUGGACUGUACUCGCCAUGACUGGGCUCCCCCUAGGUUCUGUGAAUCUCCUACGAGCGACUUGGAGAUGAGGAAUGGCCGUGGCCGAGGUAAGAGAAUGCGUCCGAACAGCAACACCCCAGUCAAUGAGAACAGCAAUUCCUCUGACAAUAAGGCCAGCAACAAUAGCAAGACCAGAGCCGGAUCCAACAGCAAGGGUCGGCGUGGCAGUCAGAACUCUUCUGAGCGGAGAACCCCGCCUAAUAGCAACACGGAGGAUGUCAAAGCCAGUCCUUCAUCAGCCAGCAAGCGCAAGAACAAGCCUGCUUCUGACAUGGAGCCCAACUCAAGCUCAGAGGACACUAAAGGCAACAAGCGUAUGCGCACAAAUUCUAGCAAUGCAGUUACACCUUCCGGACUCUCUAUUCCCACCAUUAAGACUGAGUGUCUUCCUCCUCCUCUAGAUCGCAACUGCCCCUCACCAGUACUUAUUGACUGCCCAUACCCCAACUGCAACAAGAAGUACAAGCAUAUCAAUGGUCUAAAGUAUCACCAGGCUCGUGCUCAUAAUGAUGAUGACAUAAAGCUGGACAUGGACGGGGAUAGCGAGUACGGGGAGGAGUCGUCCCUCCACCCUGAACCAGGCAGCUGCAAUGGAGCCUCUGUCUCACAGAAAGGGUCUCUUUCCCCUGCACGUUCAGCCACUCCUAAAGGAAGAGGAUUUGAUGCUCAGAGCUCAUCUCCUUCCCCUGGGAAAUUCGGCUCCAAGUCUAAGAAGAAGAACGGAGAAACAGAUGUGGAAGCUUGUGGCAUCCCAAUGGAUGGCUGUGAGGAUGGGCCUUCCCUCACUGACGAUGCCAGCAAUGACGGCAUGGAGGACAAGAAGUCCAAAAAGUCCAGCAGCACAAAGGCUGAUAAGCUGUCCCAGAAGAACAUGAAGACUUCCAGACCAAUGGCGCCAGCCAUCCCCUCUCAGCAGAUGUACUCUCUACAGCAAACGCCGUUCAGCACAGGGAGCCCCAGUCAUCCUCCGUCAAUGAGCUCAAUGAUGCAAGCCAUUCCCAAGAGCCCUCAGAUAAAAGGCAUUCAGCCGAAAACGGGUGUGUCUGGAGAGUGCUCUCCCAUGAACCCUGUUCUGGGGAACCCAAAGGACAAAAAGAAAAAAGACAAGAAAAAGAAAGAGCCUGGUAAGGAUGCAGACAGCCCCAAGCCUGCAGGUAAAGGCGGGAAAGCUGAAGGGGGGAAAAGCCCCUACUCAGAGUCCUCUGAUCCUGGAACCAGAAGCGAAGGCCAUUUAAAUGGCUCUUCGGAUCUUCACCAGAGUCGUCUGGCCAGCAUCAAGGCUGAGGCUGACAAGAUCUACAGCUUUACAGACAAUGCUCCUAGCCCUUCCAUUGGAGUAGCAAGCCGUAUAGACAACACUGGACAGCCGGCCACUCCCCUCCAUGUGCAGAAUGGGGCUGAUAACUUUUCAGUGAAGACAAACAGCCCUGCAUACUCAGAUAUCUCUGAUGCUGGUGAGGAUGGUGAGGGUAAAGUGGAAGGUGUAAAGUCUAAGGCAGAAGAUCCAUCUGUAAGGGAAGGGGCAAAAAAGGCUCUGUUUCCCUCACAGGCCUCCAACAAAGAGUCACCUUAUUACACUAGCUAUGACAACUACUACUCUCCAAACUAUGCCCAUCCUAGCCCUGGCAGCGCUAGCACUGGAGGUCCAGUGCCAGAUGGCCAAGCCAUAAAGGUGAAGAAAGAGGAGGAGCAGGAAUUGAGCGAGGAGAAAAUUAAGCUAGAGGCUCAGGAGGAACGCAAAGCAGACACAGUCUCUUGUCCACCACAUCAACAGCAACAGCAGGCCUCAGUCAUCCAGCAGCGCUCUAACAUGUACAUGCAGCCUCUGUACUACAGCCAGUACUAUGUUCCUCCCUACAGUUACCCAGACCAAGUUUAUCACAACCACCUCAUGAACACUAACCCAGCCUACCGGCAGCAGUACGAAGAAAGGCAGAGGCUGAUGGCUGAACAGCACAGGGUAGCUGAGAAGAAGAGUGAUGCAAGUAUGAAGGACAGAGAAGGGUCCAUGAAGGAGGACUGGAAGCAGAAAGGUCCUGUUCCCCCAGGGCUCACAAAAGCCCCCAGUCUCUCCGACUUGGGCAAGCCACAGGUACCCGGCAAACAGAGAGAUCCGUCUUCCGAGCCAGCCAAGUCGGUCAUCAUCCCCAAAGGGGAGGAGGCUAAGCUCCAGCCCCAGCAGACUGAGGGCCUGAAGGUGAAGCUUAGUGAAGGUGGUCAUCAUGGCAAAGAGGACUCCAAAACGGGAGUGGAAUCUGCCAGGACGGGCAUGGAGCAGGCCAUGUGGUAUAGACAAUAUCCUGAGAGCCAGAGGCAGGCUGAUGAGGAGCGAGAGCGGGACCGUGAGAGGAAGAGCAAAGAUGAGAGGCCCCGCCCUAAAGAGGCUAGCUCCAAAGAAGAGAGCAAGGAGGCUGCUGACCGCUCGUCUGCCCCACUCUCCGAGGACUACCGCGGGGCGGGGAAAGACCCUCGGGCAAACACUCACAUGCCUUUCUCGUCUGCUCUGGCACAGCAACAACCGUACAUGCACUACAUGCAUGGCUACCCCUAUGGGCAAGGCUAUGACCCCAACCAUCCUGGAUACAGGGGAAUGCCUUCAGUCAUGAUGCAGAACUAUCCAGGUUCCUAUCUGCCCGCUGGUUACCCGUUCUCGCCUUACGGUGGUAAGAUGGGCGGCGGGGAGGAGGGGGAGAAAUCACGUUCCAGCCCCACAGUAAGCAGCAAGUCUGCCUCGGAGGCCAAAGCUCUGGACAUCCUUCACCAACACGCCAAUCAGUACAAGAGCAAGUCCCCUACAGUGAGCGAGAAGCCGUCCCAUGAGAGGGACAGAGGAGCAGGGGACCGCGAAAGAGAAAGGGAGCGGGAAAGGGAGCGGGAGAGAGAAAUGGAUCGGCCUCGGUCGUCCCCUUCACAGCGAAUCAUGCCAUCCCACCAUCAUCUGGGCUAUCCUCUCGUGUCUGCCCAGUAUGAUCUGUCUUAUGCCACAGGCCUGUCAUCGUCAGCUAUUGUUGCCAGUCAGCAAGCUGCAGCCCCCUCCCUCUAUCCACCAGCACGGAGGUGAGAAUGGGAGCCCUGAUUGCCUCACCUCAUCUUUACAAAUGCACAUGUGACUGGAUCACAUGGGGAAGUAUAUGGAGUUCAUUUAGACAUCAGUUGAAUGGUGUUUCUAUAUUUUUAGUUUUUGUUUUUUCUGCCGGAAUGUGUGGCAGGCCGAUGUUUUCUUAGCAUCCGUACCUCGAUACCCCACUGAGGACUGUGACACCAGGUUCAAAGCCAUCCUGCCCCGCCCUCUCUCGGCUGGACACUGAACUCUCUCAGAGAAUUUGUGAGCAAGUGAGGAGUCACUGAAAGGAGAAAAGAAGAUAGAAUAAAGAGAAUAUAGUAAAAGAUCCCCACUCAUGGAAGUGGCUGACUGCAUUGCACUCCCCACAUGCGGAGUGUGGCUGGAGAGGCAUGGACUGGUGGGUGAAAAAAAGAAGAUAAAGACUGAACAUAGUUUAUCACGUUGAAAUGGUUUCUUUUUUUUUUUUAUUCAGUGCACAUCCUAUUUGAAACGUUAACCAUCCUGUUUUUCGCAGAUGUGUUCUAGAUCCACACGUGAGCAGUGCAGGUUCUUGGUUCUUUUCUGCAUUGUCUCAUAAAUGUCUCUCCGGCAGUAGUUCCUAUUCAUCGCUGCACGCCUCACGACUGCUUUUUUUGUUUUGUUUUGCAACGUUUUCAGGAGGGUCAGCAUUGUUUUGGUUUUUUUUUUUAUUUUGUUUGUUUUUUCUUCCCCAACACAACAAAUAGGUUUGCAGUUCCAUGCAAAGGAAAUGCCAGUAUCAUUGCUCUUAAUCUCGAUUACAUGUCAUUGUUUUGGCUCAUGGAUUAGGGUGAAAUUCUGCUCAAGUAUUUAUUGAAAUAGCUGGCAGGUGGUGUUAUUGCUUUUAUUGUUGACUAGAGUGAUGCACACCAUGCUCUUUCAGUCACUUUGCUUUUGGACAGGUGCAUGCUCAGUCUUUCACAAGCGUCUACAAGCAGUGCUACUAGUAGACCAACAUGACUCUCGAUGAAUGUCCUGCAGAACAGUUCGACCUAGUGAAACAUCUCGCUCUGUUUCAGAAGUCGCAGCGUUUCAGCAGAAGCCUCAUAGGUAGCGUAUCACUGAUGGUGGGUUUUGGCUCGGUUUUUGAAGUUCUCUCAUUCUGCGGCUUGCGAGGCCAGGUGUGCUCUCUUUACCAGCUACGUUCUUCAAGUGAGUAGUUGACGUUGUCAUGAAACAUAAUGGGUACUGAGUGAUGGGGUGUUUUUAAUAGAACAGUGCGUGUGGCCUGUCUUAUGUCAUGUACCCGUUGGCUGAGUGACAUCAGAAGAGGCCCGGUAAUUUAGUUUGCUCUGCGGUUACUUGCAUGGGGCCCUCCUUUCCUGGAUACUUAUGAUGUGAUGCUCCACCGUGUUGCGAAAAAACAUAAGAGCUCAAUUUUACACAUUUUGGCUUUUGUUUUUUCCUUCUUUUUUUUUUUCCUCAUAGCCCUUCAUGGUUUUUCUCAGCAGGUAUGUGUCAUGUUGGUCAGCAUGGUGUACUAUAGCACUAGAAAUGUGACGGUGUGUCUCCUCAGGCAAAGCGAGCUUUGUUCCUACCCCUUUUUUGCUAUUGUAUUGCUGUCUUGCUCUGCACACUCAAAAUAUGGUGUCUGUAUAUGAUGUACAGAGGAAUUAUUUUAAAAAUGCGACUGGAGAACCAUCCGUGGUGUUUCAGUGCUAUUUUUUAAAGUUAUAAAAAUGAUCCUGAGAUUUUUAGUUUGUUUUAUUUUUGCUCUCCAAAUUGUCCUCUAACCUACUCACCAUAUCUCUGUAUCGAUGUCAUUGUAACACUUUUUUUUUUUUUUUUUCUUUUAUAAUGGAAAACUCAAUAGGGCCCACUCCAAACUCUGUUAGCAUUAGCAUCAGGACUCCGCCCACUAUUUAUACCCAAAAUGUCAUUGUUCAAGUUGAGGAAAAAUAAAAUUGAUCCUUAAAAUCUUCAGUCAGUUCUGUGAAAGUGCUGGAAAUGUUUGUAGGUGAUGAUUUAGGUGAACGUCUUAAGGAGCAAUCUCUUGGCUCAUGUCCUCGAUCUCAUAGGCAGUGCUUUCAUUUUCAGAAAGGAACAGCCCUCAGCAGUAGGACACCAAGGUACAUGGAACGCAGCGGGAAAUAGGUUUCAAAUUGCACCCUUGAGCUGUCAUAACAGAUCUUUUUUUGAGUUUUUGGGCCUGUUUGGGUCUUCAUCCUGAGGGUCUACAUACUCUGCACUGCGAGAACCUGAUAAGAAAAUUGGACUCUCGUUGGCUCUCAUUUCAGUUGGUUUUCUGAGAAAGAGCUUUGUUCCCGUUUUGCAGUCACGUUUGUCUGCACUGUACUCCGUAAAACCUCUACAAUGGUGCUUGACUGACAUUCUUUGAUAUCUUCGCAGUAGAAGCUGUGCACUUCAGCAUGGUUUGCAUCAUUCUUCACACUGGACUCUCACCCCCCCCCACCCCCAGACCCCAGUCAACACCUGUCUCUGUCCAAACGAGAUUUUUUCCCCCACAAAGUAUCAGUCACUGGUACUAAAGGAUGUUUACAUUUUUUAUGGUUUUGUUUAAAUAGUUCCUCGGCCGUUAAUCACUCAAUCCUCCUGCUCCCUACUGGACUGUCCUCUUGUAUGUAAAGUGUACAUUACCAUAUUUCUUUUUUAUACAAUACUGUAACUUGCCUUUGUACAUUUAGGCAAAAAAAAUAAAUCUUUUUAUGAGACAAUCA